ACACACUCUCACUCUUCGUGGGAGAAAGUAAAGAAGGGGAGAGGGAAAGAGAGAGAAGGGAGGGAGAGCGUGAUUCCAGUUCUCUCUCUGCUGCUCUCUCCACUUUGGGUACUCGUACCCAAUCUGACUCAAUGGGGCUUUAGCACGAAGGGGUUAAACGUUAAAAUAAAAUAUAUUUAUUCACCCCAAACCCCUUUUAGUGUUUAGGUUUUGUGCAUUAACAUCGGCAUCAGUACCUCAAGGAACAGUCACCGGGAGAGAGGUGCACACGUCUCCAGAGGCGUGCCUUUUUGUCUGUUACCCCACAGAAGGUUCAGCCGGGUUCCUGUCGUCGGCUGACUUUCUGUAAGAGGAUAACAUCCCCACAUCCUACAUCUGCAGCUGAACCAGGCCGACACACUACUGCAACACUAUGGAUACUGCCAAUUGUCCUUUCCGGAAGAAAAGGAGACCUUGGCGCAUGGACUUCUCAUCCUUCGCCUUGGUAACCGUGGCGCUUGCCAUGUGCCAAACGACUGUGGUUCGGGCAGACCCAGUGGACGUGUUACGGGCUCUGCAGGUUCCCUCUCUCCCCGAGGGUGUGAAGAAAGUCCCGGGGUUCUGCACGUCCCGCCGCUCCAGCAGCCCCGAUCAUGCUUACCGCAUCACCAAGAAGGCUCAGAUCUCCGCCCCCACCAAGCAGCUCUUCUCAGGUCGUUUCCCGGAGAACUUUUCCAUCAUGGCUCUGGUUAAGGCCCAAGCAGGUCUCCAGGCCUUCCUCCUCUCCAUCUACAGCGAGCAGGGAAUCCAGCAGCUGGGCAUUGAACUGGGACGUUCCCCUGUUUUCCUGUACGAGGAUCAGAACGGGAAGCCGGCCCCCGAGGACUACCCGCUCUUCAGAGGUGUCAACCUGGCUGAUGGCAAGUGGCAUCGCAUUGCUUUCUCCGUUUCCAAGAAGAACGUGACCCUGCUGCUGGACUGCAAAAAGAAGAUGACGCGUCCUCUGCCCCGCGGAAACGGUGCGGAGAUCGACACCAAUGGCAUCACGGUGUUUGGAGCCCGUCUGCUCGAUGAGGAGGUUUUCCAGGGAGACAUCCAGCAGCUGCUGGUCGCCUCCAACGCCCAGGCUGCCUACGACUUCUGUGAACACUACAGCCCUGACUGUGACUCCCCUCUGCCCAAAACCCAGGCUCAGGACCCCAACACAUACAAGAAGGCACUCAAUGGGAAAGCGGCACCCACAAAAUCCACUCUUUUAAAAGCCAAACCCACUCCGCCCAAGCCAGCCAAAACUGGAUCCAACAAACUUGUCAUCAAGCCACCUAUGCCCACCAAAGCCCCCAAAUCUUCCGCAGCCAAGUCGUCUAAAGCGAAACCUACCGCAGUAGAAAUCCUCUUGUCUAAAAUCAAACCAACAGCACCAGCUAAGUCUAAGCCCACGUCUGCCCCAGCCAAGAAUGGCAACGGUAAACCAGCUAAUGGUGCAGGGAAUGGAAAAGCAUUUGCAGCAAAAUCUGAUGGCAAAGCUACAGCUGAGAUCAAGCCCACAGUUCAGGUAAAAGUGAACGGCAAGGUUGUAGUUGACAAGAAAGUCAACGGUAAUGGAAAUGCGAAAACCUCAGCAGAAAAGAAAGCAAAUGGAAAUGGAAAAGUCACUGUUGUGUCAAAGGCGAAUGGAAACGGCAAUGGCAAAUCUACAGUAGAGAAGAAAGUCAAAGUUAAUGGCAAAGCUGAGAAUAAAGUCAAUGGCGAGGCUAAGAAUAACGGCAAAUUUACUACUGUGCUUGGAAAGAAAGCUGUUAGUAACGGGGCUGCAAAUCAGGCAAGAAUUGAAACCACUACAAAAACAAUGACUGAGAAAGUUGUGAAAGUAGAAAAGACGGUGGUCGGUGCUAAUAAGACACCUAAACCCACAAAAGCAUCAAAACCAGAACCUACAAAGAUGGCCAAAGUUGUGUCGACCAAAGCUUCAGCAGUAAAAACCCAAGCGAAGGCAGAGGUCAAAGUUAAAACUGUGGUCACCAAAGUCCCCCUGGUCAAAUCGACAGUGAGCAAAGUAAGCAAGAAUGUCAUCAAAAAGGUUUCCAUGCCGACGAAAGUAGCUCCAACAUCUGCCAGUGCCAGGCCCACUCCACCCAGGCCCACGAAGUCCAAGGUGCAUGUGGACGUUAAUGUCAAAUCUCAGGACAAACCUUUCCCACCGUUUGGCAAGACCGCGCUGAGUGGAACUGGCGUCCCAGCGAAGAAAAUUACCAACGGUUACCAACAGGAUGUAGACACUGAAUAUUCUGAGGCUGGCCACACCCCUACAGAGACUGAUUAUUACUAUGAGGAGGCGGUCCCACUGCCCGAGGGUGAGGUGAUUGGACAAGAAGAGCUCUCCGUUCAGCCCCACGUGGAGCCUACGCUGGUGGGAGAGGAGGUAGAUGGCACCAAGGCAGCGGGUGUGGGCGAAGAGGCCUUCACUGAGGAGUAUGUGACUGGGGACGUGGGCCUUAAGGAAUACGACUAUUCCUACAGGGACUACAAUGAGCCAUUACCAGAGACUGGAGAGAUUGAUGCCAAUAUGGGCCCCGCCCUGUCCGCUGUGACAGACGAGGGAGGCGCUGCUGUUAGAGGCCAGAAAGGAGAGAAGGGAGAGCCAGCUGUCUUGGAGCCGGGUAUGUUGAUUGAAGGACCUCCAGGACCUGAGGGACCUGCUGGCCCUACUGGACCCCCUGGCUCUUCUGGACCUCCUGGCUCUGUUGGGGACCCUGGAGAAAGAGGUGUUCCUGGUAGACCUGGUAUGCCUGGAGCUGAUGGAGUCCCUGGACCUCCUGGAACCUCAGUGAUGCUGCCUUUCCGCUUUGGUCAGAGUGGGGGAGAUAAGGGUCCUGCUGUUUCUGCACAAGAAGCCCAAGCAGCAGCUAUCCUGUCUCAGGCCAGGAUGGCUCUGAAAGGACCUCCUGGGCCAAUGGGAUUCACUGGACGCCCCGGACCACUGGGAAAUCCAGGAAGUCCUGGUUUUAAAGGCGAGAGUGGAGAUCCUGGUCCUCAGGGCCCUAGGGGACCCCAGGGUUUGAUGGGACCUCCAGGCAAAUCAGGAAGAAGAGGCCGUGCUGGAGCUGAUGGAGCCAGGGGAAUGCCUGGAGAGUCUGGACCUAAGGGUGAUCGUGGCUUCGAUGGCCUUCCUGGUUUGCCUGGUGACAAAGGACACAGGGGUGACACAGGACCAUUGGGACCACCAGGAAGCCAAGGAGAGGACGGAGAGAGGGGAGAUGAUGGAGACGUUGGACCCAGGGGUCUCCCAGGUGAACCAGGACCUCGUGGUUUGCUCGGUCCCAAAGGUCCUCCUGGAAUCUCUGGACCUCCUGGUGUACGAGGAAAUGAUGGAUCCCAAGGUCCCAAAGGAAACUUGGGUCCCCAAGGAGAACCAGGACCUCCAGGUCAGCAGGGAACCCCAGGAACUCAGGGAAUGCCAGGACCUCAGGGAGCCAUUGGUCCCCCAGGAGAGAAGGGUCCGACCGGAAAACCAGGUCUGCCAGGAAUGCCCGGAGCUGAUGGCCCUCCUGGUCAUCCAGGAAAGGAGGGGCCACCUGGUACCAAAGGAAAUCAGGGUCCCAAUGGUCCCCAGGGAGCUAUUGGCUAUCCUGGUCCUCGUGGCAUCAAGGGAGCUCAAGGAAUCCGUGGACUGAAGGGUCAUAAGGGAGAAAAGGGAGAAGAUGGUUUCCCAGGAAUUAAAGGAGAUUUUGGUACCAAGGGAGAGAGGGGUGAGGUUGGAGUACCCGGACCCAGAGGGGAGGACGGCCCAGAGGGGCCCAAGGGUCGCUUUGGACCUCCUGGUGAGAUUGGACCAAUUGGACUUCUCGGAGAGAAGGGUAAACUUGGUGUUCCAGGAUUACCUGGUUACCCUGGAAGACAAGGACCCAAGGGAUCUCUUGGAUUCCCCGGAUUCCCUGGUUCUAAUGGCGAGAAGGGAACAAGGGGUCUUACAGGGAAACCAGGGCCAAGAGGACAAAGAGGACCAACGGGACCCAGAGGGCAGAGAGGACCGAGGGGCGCCACAGGGAAACCAGGAGCAAAGGGAACCUCUGGAAGUGAUGGACCUCCUGGUCCUCUUGGAGAGAGGGGACUGCCAGGGCCACAGGGAGCCAACGGUUUCCCCGGACCGAAGGGACCUCCUGGGCCACCAGGAAAGGACGGACUGCCAGGACAUCCUGGACAGAGAGGAGAAGUUGGUUUCCAAGGUAAAAUGGGUCCACCCGGGCCUCCUGGAGUUGUUGGACCUCAGGGUCCUUCAGGAGAGACCGGCCCCAUGGGUGAGCGUGGCCAUCCCGGACCCCCAGGUCCUCCCGGAGAGCAGGGACUUUCUGGUCCCUCAGGGAAGGAGGGAACCAAAGGAGACCCUGGACCCCCAGGAGGCCCUGGUAAAGAUGGGCCCCCAGGAUUAAGAGGCUUCCCUGGAGAGAGAGGACUGCCUGGAACCCCUGGCGGUGGAGGACUGAAGGGAAGUGAAGGACCUGCUGGACCUCCUGGACCUGCUGGGUCUCCUGGUGAGAGAGGACAAGCUGGUACUGCUGGACCUGUUGGACCUCCUGGUAGACCAGGCCCUCAGGGACCACCUGGACCCGCUGGAGAGAAGGGAGUUCCUGGUGAGAAAGGUCCUAUUGGGCCGGCAGGUCGGGAUGGAGUGCAGGGUCCAGUGGGUCUGCCUGGCCCUGCUGGAUCACCUGGAGGCCCUGGGGAGGAUGGAGAUAAGGGUGAGGUUGGAGAGCAUGGCCAGAAGGGCGCCAAGGGGGCAAAAGGAGAGCAUGGUCCUCCAGGUCCACCUGGACCGAUGGGCCCUGUCGGUCAACCAGGUCCUGCUGGUGCCGAUGGAGAGCUUGGUCCAAGGGGGCAGCAGGGACAUUUUGGAGCUAAAGGAGAUGAAGGUACCCGAGGAUUCCCUGGAGCCCCAGGACCCAUCGGACUGCAGGGUUUGCCAGGACCAUCUGGAGAGAAGGGAGAGACUGGAGAUGUUGGACCUAUGGGUCCUCCAGGCCCUCCAGGACCCCGUGGCCCAGCUGGACCCAACGGAGCUGAUGGUACUCAAGGUCCUCCUGGUGGUUUGGGUAACCCUGGACCUCUUGGAGAGAAGGGAGAACCUGGUGAGGCUGGGCCACCUGGAAUCGUAGGAGAACCUGGAAAGAAGGGUCCUCGUGGAGAGCGUGGAGAGAAGGGAGAGGCAGGACAGCCUGGUACUGCUGGAGGUCCUGGCGGACGAGGACGACCUGGAGACGACGGACCCAAAGGAAACCCCGGUCCUGUUGGUUUCCCUGGUGAUCCUGGUCCCCCUGGUGAGCUUGGACCCAGAGGUCAAGAUGGCGCCAAGGGAGAGAGAGGAGAGGAUGGUGAACAAGGAGAAUCUGGAUCUCCAGGACCUCCUGGUGAGAACGGACCUCCCGGCCCCCCAGGAAAGAGAGGCCCCGCUGGAACAAGAGGACCAGAGGGACGUCAGGGAGAGAAGGGAACCAAGGGAGAUCCUGGCGCAGUUGGUCCCCCAGGAAAGACUGGCCCCGUUGGCCCACAGGGCACACCAGGAAAACCAGGAACAGAAGGUCUUAGAGGACUCCCAGGAUCAGUGGGUGAACAAGGAUCUCCAGGACCUGCUGGACAAAAAGGACCACCUGGACCUCUUGGUCCUUCUGGUUUGCCCGGCCUACGUGGCGACCCCGGCGCCAAGGGAGAAAAGGGGCACCCAGGUCUUAUUGGACUCAUUGGACCCCCCGGAGAACAGGGAGAGAAGGGAGACCGAGGUCAGCCUGGCCCUCAGGGAUCCACCGGUCCCAAAGGAGAGUCUGGAAUGUCUGGAGGCACUGGACCCCUCGGCCCUGCUGGUCCUCCUGGUCUGCCUGGCCCUCAAGGUAUCAAGGGAGCUAAGGGUGCUUCAGGAGGAGCUGGUCCCAAGGGAGAGAAGGGUGUGCAAGGACCUCCUGGACCUCCUGGCCCACCAGGUGAGGUCAUUCAGCCCCUCCCCAUCCAGAGGAGUCCCAAGUCCAAGCGCUCUAUUGAUGCCAGUCAGCUGCUCCCCGACACCGACAUGCCGGCAUCCGAUGCCACUGGCACCGAAUUCCUGAUGGGCAAUGAGGGCAUGGAGGAGAUCUUCGGCUCUCUCAACUCCCUUCGACAGGAGAUCGAGACCAUGCGUUUCCCUCUGGGCACGCAAGAUAGUCCCGCCCGCACCUGCCAAGACCUGCACCUCAGCCAGCCAGACCUCAAGGACGGAGAGUACUGGAUUGACCCCAACCAGGGCUGCUCCAGAGACGCCAUCAAGGUCUUCUGUAAUUUCACUAAUGGAGAGACGUGCUUGUACCCCAGCAAGAGCAUCAACACGGUGAAGAUGAGCUCUUGGGACUCAGAGACUCCAGGAUCGUGGUACAGUCGGUUCGCCACUGGAAGUAAGUUCUCCUACGUUGACUCCAGCGGUGACCCGGUUGGUGUGGUCCAGCUGGGCUUCCUGCGCCUCUUGAGCGUUCACGCCCGCCAGAACCUCACGUACCACUGCCACCGCUCAGUGGCCUGGGCCGAUCGAAGCGCCAAGAACAACUACAACAGGGCGCUGCACCUCCAGGGCGCCAACGAGGAAGAGCUCAGCUACGAGACCAACCCUUACAUCAAGGCCUUGGUCGACGGCUGCUCUUAUCGUAAGGGCUUCGACAGGACAGUCCUGGAGAUCAACACGCCACAGGUGGAGCAUCUUCCUCUGCUGGACAUCAAGGUGUCAGACUUUGGGGAGAGCAACCAGCAAUUUGGAUUUGAAGUGGGACCUGUCUGUUUCCAAGGCUAAAAACACACACACACACACACAUGCACACGUCAUGCAGAGAACAACACAUGCAAAUACUCACAUGCACUUAGAGACACACGUAUAUACGAUAAACGCCCAGUAAUUUGUAAAUUAACUUGUAAAUGAUAUAAUGCACACACACAUACCUUCAGACACACAAACACACACACACACACACACACACACGUACAUGCACAGAUGCUGUUGUGAGACAAACAUGCACUCACACUCAAGUACGUGCCUGGGGAAAGCAACACCCUCCCAACAAUUAAUGGACGUCAAAAAAAAAAAAAGCAAAGAGGAGAGAAAUAAAAUAAAAAAAACUCGCGGAGAGGAGACCAUCGACCGGGUGCACGACUGCGAGAAAGGAAGAAAAAAACAGGAGAGAGAGGUUUUUGGGGAAUAAAACAGUGUUUUUUAAUUUUUUUUUUUUUUAACCAGCAACAAAAAGGGCGGCCUAAGAGAGAGAGAGAGAGCGAACAAGCCGACAACUUGAGGCCUGAAGCCCAAAGUCUCCGACCCCUCUCACUCCUCUCCCCUCCCCGCUGUCUCUUUUUUUUUUCCACUUAUCUCACCUGCUCUACCUCCCCCAUCCUCAUCCAAAAAAAAAAGAAAGGGUCACACUCGGACAUCAUUCCAGUUUACUUUAUCCCACGAUCGCACUGUGAGCAAAUGACUGACAAUCACUCUGGUGUUGGGUGUUUAUUCCUUUUGUCAUUUAUAUAUAAAAAAAGAUGCAACUUUUAUUCCACGUUGCAUUGCAGCUGGAGCUUCUGCUCAAAUCAAAUCAGAACAGCUGUUAGACACGUAAACCUUAACUUAUCUGAUCUGCUUGUGCAGAUGUGAAUAUGAACGUCCAGUGACUUGUCCGUCACGCUGCUCACAGAGUGACGCUCGGCUCUUCUCUUGUCACAUCUAAAGGAACCAAAGACUUCGUGCCACCAGUUUCUAUCCAGCGGUAAAAAUGGGGAACUGACCACGUGACACCAGCAGGCUCUCGCUUAUUUAAUGAAUCUGUUUCGACUGAAAUGUUCUGCUCUGUAACAUUCUCUUUUCUCAAGUUUCAUUAAAACUCUCUAAAAAAAAAUGUGAUCUGCAGCUAAACCUGACGAUUCUUGUGUCGCACGGUGGUUCAUGGUGUGCAGGAUGCAGGAUGUAUUCCGAAGUGUUGAUACCUAGAACAGUGAAAUUAAAGCCAUUCUUUUUGGGAGCUUCGCUAAACGUGGUGCUGUUGUACUUGCAUGUUUCUGUUUUUUGUUUUUUUUGUUUUUGUUUUUUUUAAAAAGCGCCGACUCUUCUUCUAAUCAUGCUACAGGGGGCGCUCUCAAACCCAGUAUUAACUAACUUAGUCACUUUCCGGGUACUUUGAUUAUUGUUCUCCAUCAACAACACAUUUUCUUAUUUAGCGUCUGAGCUCAGAACAUCAUCAGGGUUUAAAUAUGUAAAUGAGAUUCAAAGCACCCUCCUCCCUUUUAUUUUUCUGCAGCAGUGAAUAAAACGCACGCUUUACCGAAGGAAACUGUGUGGCAAGGUGCUAAUUACAGUAGACGCUCGAGUCUUUCAUUCUCUUUAGUCUCCUUUAACGAUUCCAUGAAGCUUUUGUUUUUCCGGGGAAGAUGUGCAUUACAUUACAUUUGUACAGAAAUAGUGAUAUUCUAUUGUAUUUAUUUAAAUCAAACAGGGUGCUUUGAGAUUAAAAACAAGAACCAACCAAUAUUUCAGUCAAAUGUGGUGUAUUUCAUUUGUAUUUAUUUCAUGCCGCUGACACUUGAAGGUCGAGGGAAACCGUCGACUUGCCUGUUGAACUCGCCGCCAGCCUGAGUUACGGUGCUUCCGUUCACGCCCUGUCCAAACUCCUUUUGUGCAACCAAAGAAUCUGUGGCCAUAUUUUAUUGUAAUAUCCCUUUUUCUUUCUUUUUUUAGUGUUUUCGUCAACUGUACUGUGCUGAUCAGUUUUGCUUCCACUGUAACGAUUAAAUGGUGACUCUCCAGUUCUGCCACA